AUGGCCCGGCCCGGCAGCACCCGAACCACGCGGAGCAGCCGCUGCUGUGCCCGAGCUCAGGUGCCUCAGCAAACUCACACUUCUCUCUUCCUCCUCCGGGGGUCUCUCCCAGGUCCACUCCAUGUCACUGGACCCCCCAACCCCAUCACCGUGGCCAAGGGCAAGAAUGUGGUGCUGCCCUGCGGCUUCUCCCCAGGGCAGGAUGCACUGGACACGGAGGUGAUCUGGUUUCGGGAGCAGUUCUCGCCCUUUGUGCAUCGCUACAAGGAGGGCCAGGACCAGUACGGGGAGCAGAUGCUUCAGUACCAAGGGCGCACUGAGCUGCGGAAGGACGGCCUUGCCAAGGGCAGCGCAGACUUGAAGCUUUUCCGUGUCCAACCAUCUGACACAGGGAAUUACACCUGCUUUGUUCGCCGUGGCUCAGAUUACGACGAUGUUGAGGUGGAGCUCAAGGUGACAGUCAGAGGCUCUGCCCUGCUCAUCGCGCUGGAGCGCUACGAGCACGGGGGGAUCCGCGUGGCCUGUCGCUCAGCCGGCUGGUACCCACAGCCCCAGGUGCUGUGGCACGAUCCCCACGGGCAGCAUCUCCCGUCCCUCUCAGAAAACACUGCCCAGGACAAGAAUGGGCUCUUUGCAGCUGAGAGCAGCAUCAUCCUCACCAGAGGUGUGAACCAGGAACUGUCCUGCUCGGUGCAGCACAUCCCGCACAGACUAGAGCAGGAAUCAGCCCUUUAUGUGUCAG